AUAGCAUCGCAAGAUGUGGCUCAAGACAAGCCAACACUACAGGCCUAUGAAAUCACACAUAUCUUGAAUCUCGCGUAUGGAGUGAACAACUGCUUCGAAGAUGACUACAAUUACAAGAAGAUUGAGAUCCUUGACGUCCCGGAGACCGACAUUAGAACGUAUUUCGAAGAAUGCUUUGAAUUCAUCGAUGAGGGCAGACAUUACGGCAAUUGUUUGGUUCACUGCAACGCCGGUGUCUCCAGAAGUACAGCCAUUUGUACGGCUUAUCUGAUGACCAAAGAGAAAAUGACUUUUACCGAUGCUCUCAAUGCUAUACGAGAAGCGCGUCCAUUCUCUAAACCAAACGAUGGUUUUAUGAGACAAUUACAAGAAUAUAACGACGAGAUUAGAGGCAGCGGAGGACUUAAGGAAACCAAUAUUGACGACGCCUUUACAGCCAAACAAAAGGCUGAGAGGGAGGCAGAAAAAGCAGCCCUUAUAUCUGGGGGUUCGAGUGUGAAAAAUAAGUUAAAGCAAUUCGGGGCCACUUUGAACGCUCACUUCGAGCAAAGGGCCAAAUAUAUCAGUCCAAUCAAAUUGCCACUUAAG